AUGUUUUCAUUUUUCAAAUCUCGACGUAAGUCAGAACAAUAUGAAAUGGUUGAUCAAAAUAUAUCAGAAGAAAAUACUACUCCAUCAAGGUCGUCAAGUGAUUCACAAUCUUCAAUAGUGUUUGAAGAUAUAGAGAAUUUUACAAACAAGACAGAAAAAGAAGCAAAUGAUUUUUAUAAUGAUCCAAUUUUCCAAUCAAUACUACAGAGAUAUAGAAAUCAAGGGAUAAGUAAAAAAAUUGUUAGUAUUAUUCUGGUGGUGUGUGUAAUUUUAUGGGUUGUCGGAGUCAUGAUGUACUCACAAUUAAGUCCUAGACAAAUACUAGACAAAACUAAAUGGCAAACAAAUAUAAGCAUAAAUGGGGAGAAUAUUACAUUGAAUGAAUAUAACUCACAAUAUAAAAAUAUAACUUUUGAAUAUUGGAGGAAUGGAGAGUUUGUUGCAUAUGAAGAAAGUAUAACGUGGUUGAACCCAAACCAAUACCCAAAAGAAAACGCUGGAGGUUAUUAUUUGACAAAAAGACCAGAUCAAGUACUAAUAAAACAAAUAAAUUCAGAAUUUGAAGAUACAAUAGUUAAAUCAAAAGAAUUUGCAUAUGAGAAUAAUUUUUUCUACAUUUCAGAUAUCAUCAUCAACCCAGCAAGAUCAAUUGAAGAAUUGAAUAAUGAUCAUAUAAUCAUUACUGAUAAAUUAGAUCAGUGGAGACAUCUGUCAUUUGCAUUAUAUUGGAUAUAUAAUCCAAUACUAGCUACGUACACCCCCAUACAACCUCCAAAUACAAAACUGAACGUCUUGAAUAAACUACAUUAUGCUGAUUUUUCACCUGAUGGAAAAUACAUACUAUUUGCAUUUGAACAUAAUUUAUACAUUCUAGAAGUAUCUACAAAAGAAGUACAUCAAAUCACAAAUGAUGGAUCACCAAAUAUUUUUAAUGGGAAACCAGAUUGGGUAUAUGAGGAAGAAGUUGCCGCUAGUGAUAGAUUAAUAUGGUGGUCACCAGAUUCUUCAAAAUUGAUAUUUGCAAAAUUAAAUGAUACAGAAGUUGAAGAAAUAAAUAUUGAUUAUUACAUAAAACAAAAUACCGAUAUUGGUAUGCAAUAUCAACAACUGGAUGAAAAACAAUUUGAAAGCACUGAUCAAUAUCCUAUAAAAACUUCUUUAAAAUACCCAAAACCUGGGACAAACAUACCGAUUAUUUCACUUUUCAUAUAUGAUAUUAAUACCAAGAAUGUUGAAUCUUUGCUGGACAAAGAUCAAGCAUUAGGUAAAGAUUUUAUACUAUAUCAAGCUAUAUGGGUAGACAAUGAAAGUUUUUUAAUGAAACAAACUGAUAGAACAAGUAAGAUGUAUACUAAGAAAGUUUACAAUGCCAAUUCUAAGGAUAUAAAUUUGGUGAAAUCAUUUAAUGCAACUGAUGAAUAUGGUGGAUGGGUUGAAAAAAUGAAACCAAUUACUUUGACAGCUAAUGGUAAAUACAUUGAUAAUUAUGUUGUAAAUGGUGUUAAUUAUCUAGCUAUAUUUGACAGUGCAUCAAGUGCUGAACCAACAAAAAUUUUUGAUAAAUAUCCAGCUAUUAGUGAAGGAACUUUUGAUAAACAACACAACAGUAUAUAUUUUUUAACCUCAUUUAAAAGUGCAAUGGAUUCUCAUUUAGUUGGGUUCGAUUUAACAAAAAAUGAAUAUACUGAAUUUACCACCACCAAAGAAGAUGGAUUUUAUAAUGCAAAAUUUUCACAAAAUGGUCAAUUUUUAAGUUUAAAAUAUGAUGGAGCAAAUCAACCUUGGCAAAGGUUAAUAAGUAUGGCUGAAUUACACGAACAAGAACAAGAUGGUAUUGAGCAUACAAUAUUAAAACAGCCAAUUAUUAAUUUUAUGGAUGUCACCCUGAAAAAAUUACAAAACACUAAUAUACCAACCACCACAUAUAAUGAAAUUAAAUUAAAGAAAGAAGAUAUAUCCUUAAGUGUUCAAACAAUUCUCCCACCAGGAUUUGAUCCCAAGCGAAAAUACCCAUUAGUGGUUCAUGCAUAUGGAGGACCAGGUUCACAAAAAGUUCAAAAACAAUAUGAUUUAGGAUUUUUAAAUGUUGCAAGUUCACAAUUGAAUGCGGUUAUAUUGGUGAUUGAUCCAAGAGGCACAGGUGGAAAAGAUUGGAAAUUCAAAUCAUAUGCAAAUAAUAAUAUAGGAUUUUGGGAACCAAGAGAUAUAAAAUUAAUAACCUCCGAGUUUAUAUCAGCUAAUAAGUUUAUUUCUAAAUCAAAAGUUGCAAUGUGGGGCUGGUCAUAUGGAGGAUUUACUACCUUAAAGACUUUAGAAUAUGAUAAUGGUGAAAUUUUCAAAUAUGGAAUUGCAGUAGCACCAGUCACAAAUUGGUUAUUUUAUGAUGCUAUAUAUACUGAAAGAUAUAUGAAUAAACCACAAACAAAUCCAAGUUACGAAGAAGCUAGAAUUAACAAUGUUAAAAAUUUCAAAAACGUCCAGAGAUUAUUAAUAAUGCAUGGAUCAGCUGAUGAUAAUGUUCAUUUACAAAAUUCAAUGUAUUUAAUGGAUAAAUUUAAUUUAGCUGGAGUUGAUAAUUAUGAUUUUCAUUUAUUUCCAGAUAGUGAUCAUAAUAUAAAUUACCACGAGGGAAAUUCAUUUAUUUUUAGAAAAAUUCUAGAUUGGUUGCAAAAUAAUUUUCGCUAG